UUCAGUGUCGCUAGAGAAACGCGUGCUUGUCGAAAACAUCCACAGUUUUAAUCUAUGAAAUUGGGUUUUAUCAUUUACGAAAUAGUAGAAUGAAGAUCGAGGAAGUAAAAAGUACGUCAAAAGCCCAGAGAAUUGCAUCCCACAGUCAUGUCAAGGGCCUGGGACUUGAUGACAAUGGAUAUGCGAUUCAAAAUGCAGCAGGAUUGGUCGGACAGACCGAGGCACGUGAAGCUGCUGGGAUAAUUGUGGAACUUAUAAAAUCAAAGAAAAUGGCAGGACGGGCUGUUCUUUUAGCAGGACCACCAGGAACAGGAAAGACGGCUAUAGCAUUGGCGAUUGCGCAGGAAUUGGGUACCAAAGUUCCAUUCUGUCCCAUGGUUGGAAGUGAAGUUUAUUCGUCUGAAAUAAAGAAAACUGAAGUUUUAAUGGAAAAUUUUAGGAGAGCAAUUGGGUUGAGAAUCAAAGAAACCAAGGAAGUCUACGAUGGUGAAGUAACUGAACUCACUCCUGUUGAAACAGAAAAUCCAAUGGGAGGUUACGGCAAAACAAUCAGUCAUGUUAUCAUUGGAUUAAAAACGUCAAAAGGCACAAAACAACUAAAACUAGAUCCAUCAAUCUAUGAAAGUUUGCAAAAAGAAAAGGUAGAGGUAGGGGAUGUCAUUUACAUCGAGUCUAACAGUGGUGCUGUCAAAAGACAAGGAAGAUCUGAUAGUUUUGCAACCGAAUUUGAUUUAGAGGCAGAAGAAUAUGUUCCUUUACCGAAAGGAGAUGUUCACAAGAAAAAAGAAGUCAUCCAAGAUGUCACUCUUCAUGAUUUAGAUGUUGCUAAUGCUCGACCACAAGGAGGACAAGACAUCAUGUCAAUGAUGGGACAACUUAUGAAACCUAAAAAGACAGAGAUCACAGACAAGUUACGUAAAGAAAUCAACAAAGUUGUGAAUAAGUACAUUGAUCAGGGAAUUGCAGAACUGGUUCCCGGUGUUCUAUUUAUUGAUGAAGUUCACAUGCUUGACAUUGAGUGUUUUACGUAUUUACAUAGAGCUUUAGAGUCUACCAUUGCUCCAAUUGUUAUAUUUGCUACAAAUAGAGGAAACUGUGUGAUUAAAGGGACUGAUGACAUUGUUGCACCACACGGCAUGCCACUUGAUUUACUUGAUCGUAUUAUGAUUAUAAGAACAACGACAUAUUCUGCUGAAGAAAUGGCACAAAUUUUACGCAUCAGGAGUCAGACAGAGGUGAUACAGAUUGAUGACGAUUCAUUACAGAGUUUGGCUGAGAUUGGCAAGACAAGUACCUUACGUUAUGCUGUUCAACUUUUGACACCAGGUAAUAUUUUAGCGCACAUAAAUGGAAAAGAAUGCAUUGGAAAAGAAGAAGUGGAAGAAAUGAGCCAGUUAUUUUUUGAUGCGAAAGCUUCAGCAAAGCACCUGGCUCAACAUGAAGGCAAAUACAUGAAAUAAAUAGAUGUUGAUACCUAAAAUAUCAUUUGACAGACAUUUCAUACACAGUGAACUCAUUUCAAAGAUGAAUCUAAUUCAACACCCAUAAAAUGAUAAAACCUAUUUCUGACUGUAAUUCUAUUGUGUGCUUAAACAUUGUUUUGUUUGUAGACUUAUAUAGUCGUUUGUUAUACUACAAUAUAGGAUUGACACAUUAAACAAUAUUAUGUUCAUUGAAAAAAGUGAAUACAUGGUGCAGUUUCAGAACUGUUACAUUAUUCUUCAUCGUGAAAGCUUUUAAUUAUGUCAUUAUUAUAAACCAGUAUGCUUGUACAAACUUACAUAUUUCAAUUCAGUUAACGUUUGCUGGUAUUGGUUAAAUUGUUUUGUUUAGUAUGUUAUUGUUUGUAGGGAAAAAUAAAACCCUUUUUUUUUGUCCCCUGGCCCCCGCCUUUUGAAGAAAGCAGGGGGCUAUUAAAAUGGGUUCGUCUGUCGGGGGACAUCAGCCUCACUGUUGGCUUUUUUUUUUGAAGAUAUACAUGUAUUAAUAAUCAAUUUUCUAGACAAAUUUGUUCAUGGUUUUUCCCCCCAGUUUGUUUGUAAGAAUUCAGCAGUGAAACAUAAUUUGUUAUUUGUAAUGAGAUCCAAUCUCACUUUUCAUACAUGUACAUAAAACAUAACAGAUAGUAAAAAGGAAAUAAGUUA